GGCCGGGCGCGGAGCCCGCCCGGCGCUAUGGCCAUGCGGGAGCUGGUGGAACCGGAGUGCGGGGGCUCCAACCCGCUGAUGAAGCUGGCCGGCCACUUCACCCAGGACAAGGCUCUGCGGCAGGUCGGCUUGCUGAGCUGGGGCGGGGUGUGGGGCCGGAGGAGGGCUGUAUCCAAACCAUUGGGAGGGGCCACUGAAGAUGAGCUGGUUGGAGAGUUCCUGCAAGAGCAAAAUGCUGCUUUACUGUCCCGUGCUCCCCAGACCUUUAAGAUGGAUGACCUGUUGGCUGAGAUGCAAGAGAUUGAACAGUCAAGCUUCCGACAGGCCCCUCAGCGAGCUCCAGGUGUGGCAGCCCUGGCACUGUCUGAAAACUGGACCCAAGAAUUCUUGGCUGCAGCAGAUAGUGCUGGUGAUGUCUCUUCGGAUUACAAUGAGGCUGACUGGUCACAGGAGUUCAUUGCAGAAGUGACAGAUCCACUGUCUGUGUCUCCUGCAAAGUGGGCAGAAGAAUACCUAGAGCAGUCAGAGGAGAAACUGUGGCUUGGGGAAUCGGAAGACCAGUCUUUGGCAGAUAAAUGGUAUGAGGAAUAUCAGCCUGAAGAUGAUCUUAAGAAAACUGUUAGUGAUUUCCUCUCUAAAGUGGAUGAUCCAAAACUCCAGAAUUCUGAGUUCCUAAAGUUUGUCCGCCAAAUCGGAGAAGGGAGGGUAUCGAUCGAAGCUAAUCAGGUGACCCACAGAGACCAAGAUCAGGCAGAGCAAUGGGCAGCUGAGUUUAUACAGCAGCAGGGGGCAUCUGAUGGCUGGGUGGAUCAGUUUGCACCAUCUGGAAGCACGUCAGCUCUUGAUAAGGAAUUUGAGCAGGCAAAGACUGCUGUGGAGUCAGAUGUGGACUUCUGGGACAAACUCCAGGCAGAAUGGGAGGAGAUGGCCAGGAGAGAUGCAGAGGCCCACCCUUGGCUUUCUGAUUAUGAAGACCUCAGCUCCUCAUCAUAUGACAAGGGUUACCAGUUUGAGGAGGACAAUCCCAUGAGAGAUCACCCAGAUGCAUUUGAAGAGGGACGGAAGCGCUUGAAGGAAGGUGACCUCCCCAAUGCUGUCUUGCUCUUUGAGGCUGCAGUGCAACAGAAGCCAGAUCAUAUGGAGGCUUGGCAGUAUCUGGGAACUACCCAAGCAGAGAAUGAACAGGAGCUUUUGGCAAUCAGUGCCCUCAGACAGUGCUUGGAGCUGCAGCCUGGGAACCUCACAGCACUUAUGGCUCUAGCAGUCAGCUUCACCAACGAGUCCCUGCAGAAGCAAGCCUGUGAGACGCUCCGGGACUGGCUGCACCACAAACCAGACUAUGCCCACCUGCUGGAGAAGGAACCUGGCGAGAGUGUCGCUGGGACAGACCUGGGGCCUUCCAAGCGUGUCCUAGGCUCCCUGCUGUCUGACUCCUUGUUCACGGAGGUGAAAGAGCUGUUCUUAGCAGCUGUGCGCAGCAACCCCUCGUCUGUGGAUCCUGAUGUUCAGUGUGGCCUGGGGGUCCUUUUCAACCUCAGUGGCGAGUACGAGAAGGCUGUGGACUGCUUCACUUCUGCUCUCAGUGUGCGCCCCAAUGACCAUCUUCUGUGGAACAAGCUUGGUGCCACGCUGGCAAAUGGGAACCGGAGUGAGGAGGCUGUGGCCGCCUAUCGUCGGGCACUGGAGAUCCAGCCAGGAUACAUCCGCUCGCGCUACAACUUGGGCAUCAGUUGCAUCAACUUAGGGGCCCACCGUGAGGCUGUGGAGCACUUCUUGGAGGCUUUGCAUAUGCAGCAGAAGAGCCGAGGCCCACGGGGGCAGCAAGGUGCCAUGUCUGACAACAUCUGGAGCACCCUCCGUAUGGCCCUUUCCAUGCUGGGGCAGAGUGACCUGUAUAGGGCAGCUGAUGCCCGGGACCUUCCCACACUGCUUCAGGCAUUUGGCCUUCAGCAGUGACUCCGGGAUGACUUCCCUUGUGAGUGCAGUGUUGGCCUAGCCCAGCAGUGACCUUUCUUAGAGAGGAAAUGUUCACUAGGGUUCACACAUCUUUGCUCUGGUAGGGCAGAUCAUUGGCAACUGUUUUUUU